AUGGUGCUCAUCCAGUGCUUGACAGCUGUGCUUCUACUGCUGCUUGAUCUCUGUGCAGGACAAAGGAUGGUGUCCAUUCAAAAAGGACGUCUUUAUCGGGCAAGAAGCUACCACAUCACCAUCUGGUGUAAUGUCAGUGGCUAUCAGGGGCCAUCAGAGCAGAAUUUCCAGUGGUCCAUUUAUCUGCCAUCUGCCCCAGAAAAGGAAAUACAAAUUAUUAGCACUAAUGACAACUCCUUCUCCUUCAUUAGAUACACCCAACCAGUCAAAAGUGGGAGAAUUUACAUAGAAAGGAUCCAAGGGGAUUCUGUCCUAUUGCAUAUCAAAGAGCUCCAGGAUCAGGAUGCUGGCGAGUAUGAAUGUUCCACCCCCAGCACAGACAGUCAAUACUUGGGGACUUACAGUGCCAAAAUGGAUCUCUCAGUAAUCCCAGAUAUGCUUUCUGCUGCCAUGAAGCCGCAGGUUCUCACCCGAGUUCAAGGGGACUCAUUAGAACUCAUUUGUGAGGUGUCAACAGCAACAGCUCAACACACUCACCUCUCUGUUGCUUGGUACCUUCUUAAAGAAGAUCAUAAUGGACAAGCCCAGAAGAUCAUUUCCCUGUCGAGAGAUUUUGUCUUGAUCCCAGGAUCCUUAUACACUGAGAGGCUUUCCUUAGGAGAUAUCCGAGUAGACAAAAUUGGGGACAAAAUAUAUAAACUGUCCAUUGUCAAUAUACAACCCUUGGACCAGGGGGAGAUGUAUUGUGAAGCAGUGGAGUGGAUUCAAGAUCCUGAUGAAACAUGGAAAGAUAUUGCCCGGAAGCAGACAGAGAGAACAUCACUGACUGUCAGAAGCCUAGAUAAAAAUAUCUAUGUUAAGAUCUCUGCUGCGGAGACAUCGCUUGUUGAAGGAAAUGUCCUGCAACUAAGUUGCACUGUUGAAAGCCAGAAUACACAGUACAGAUGGUUCCAACUGGCUUGGCUCCACCGUGGUAUGGUAGUGGCAAGUAUAGAUCAGUACGGGGCCUUGACCCUUCAAAAUAACAAUCAGGACAGAUACAGCAUGGGAAAGCUCCAAGUGAUGAAACCAACCAAUGACAAGUACAUCCUCAGAAUAAAUGAGGUAGAACUCAGUGACAAAGGCCCAUACAGCUGUGAGGUGUCUGAAAUUGAGAAGGCUCCCACUGGCACAUUCACUAGAACACAACAAAGCUCUUCACCAGGCAUCGAUAUACAUGUGAAGCUUAGAGAAAGCCACUUGAAAUUGUUUCUGUGGGUCAAUGAAGAACAUAUCAUAGAAGGAGAAGCUUUGAUCUUCCAUUGCAAUGUGAGCAUAACUGAUAAUUCUCUAUCUGUAAACUGGUGGCAUAUUCAGAAAGCGAGAGAUCUUACUGAGCUUAUAGUCAGCAUGGAUCAAGGUGGCAGGCUAAAGAUAGGCACUUCUUACCUGGAACGUGGUGCUCACGGUGACCUCAGGGUAGAAAAGGUGGACGCUUCCACAUUUAUAUUGGCCAUAUACAACACUUCAGCAUCAAGUGAUACUGGGCUCUACCGCUGUGAAGUGUCAGAGUGGGCCAAGGGUCGGAGCUGGAAACACACUCAAGAAAUCUCAACUACAGUUGAACCACUGGGGCUGAAUUUGAAAGCUGUAACAAUCAGCAGAGUUGCAAAUGUAAAACUGCAGGAAGAUUUUGAACUGUUCUGCAAAGUGUCUCCUGACCACAUCACCAACAAAGCACCUCUAUCCAUCACCUGGCAAUUCCGGCCCAGCUCAGAUCUAGUAGGCAGCUAUCAGCAAGUGGUCAGAAUCACAGCGGAAGGAACCAUUGAAUGGGGACAGGCCCAUUUGCACCUCCAGAAGAAAAUCAAGAUUUCCAAAUCAUCUUCCUUAUCUCGGCUCCUCAUCCAUAGUGCCUCAUGGCAGGAUGCAGGGAUGUAUAGGUGUGAGGUAGAAGCCUGGAGGAACUCCCAGCAAGUCAGAGACUCAGCUUUGCCAGAUGUUGCAGCAGUAGCCUCUAAUUCAGUUGAGAUAAAGGUAACUAAACCUGAAAGCAAACUGCGAGUCAACAUGGAUGCUAAAUCUCUGGAAAUCUCUGGCAAUGAAGAUAUAGAAAUUGAAUGCAAAAUCAUCUCAUUGACCAAAGAGAAUUCUCAGUUAGGAGUUAUGUGGUACUUUGUCCCACUUUCUGUUGUGCCUGCAGCUCCACAGCUGAUUAUAAGAAGCAAUUACAGCAACAUCCUGGAAUAUGGGGAAGCAUUUGAUUCCCUUCAGCAGAAAUCCAGAUUCCAUAGUGAGAAGGUCUCCAGCCACCUGUAUCAGCUGCGCAUUUUGUCAGUGAAUGAGGAUAUCAGUGGCGGAUAUUACUGUAUAGUACAAGAGUGGAUCUGGUCAUUAGAUAGUGGUUGGUAUGAACUUGGAAAGAUGGAAUCAGGAAGAACCAUGGUGCAUUUCAAACGUUCAGACUAUAAGCCACAGAUUGAAAAAGCAAACCACAGCAUCACUGCAACUGAAAAUGAGGAUGUGACCCUGAAGUGCAUCUUGCAGAGCCCAAUGCAACACACCUCUCGCUUCUCUAUCAGUUGGUUCAGAGUGUCACUCCGUAACAAUACAGAACCCCUGGUAAAAAUGAAGCACAAUGGUGUCAUUGAAUAUAGCACUGGGAAACUGGCACGGAGGUUGCAUCUCCACUGCCCAUCUGUUGGAGACUUUCGUCUGACACUGCAAAAUGUGGAGCUGGUCGAUGCUGGGAUGUUCUACUGUCAGGUGGAAGAGUGGCACGCAAUCAACUGUAGCACUCAAGUUCAUUACGCAGCUGAGCCAUCAGGAUAUAGUCAGCUGGUUGUGCUUCCUUUGGCAGGGUUAACCAAUUCUACCGAGAUCUGUACUCCUUCAUCACUCUUCCACUUCAUUUUACUAUAUCCCCUGGUUCUGCUUCUUAUCCUGGUGGCUGUCUUCCUCUUCUUGCGCUUCAAAAACAAGAAAAAACAGAAGCUGAAGCUGGAGAAAAAACAAUAUAUUGGGGAAGGAAUUAGAAUGACACCAGUCCAGUUAAAAGCCAGUGAUGAAAAUAGUGACUGUUUUCAAUAAACCAUUAUUGAAGUAGAUGAGUCUGUUCAACGUUUUAUAGGUUGCAAAUAGCUUUUUUAAAAUUAUUCAUAGUGUAAUGUGAUAUCAGCAAGCUAGCCUAUGCCCAUCUGACCUAGGGUGUUGCAAAAGACUCUAUAAACAUUUUAAUGUGCCUAAGACAACCUAUUUUUGUAAUCAAUUAAGUAUUCCUAACUAUACCUUAGAAAGCCUCAGAUGGAAGCCGUCUGCAGUACUUGAAUAAAACUGUUUUUAAGCCUU